AUGGCAGACUUCAAGCUCUCCGCCCAGCUGAGUGGCCACGACUCAGACGUCAAGGCCGUCAGCUUCCCGAACCCCCAGACAGUCCUGUCCGCCUCGCGAGACGGCAGCGUUCGGGUUUGGCGCCAAACAUCCGAUUCCCCUCCCGCUUUCGAAGCCUCCGUCACGAGUCAAACCUCGGAAUUCGUCAACUCUGUCACAUACCUCCCACCUUCCAAAGCCUACCCCGAUGGCCUAAUUGCCUCGGGUGGCAAGGACACCAUCGUCGAAAUCAAGCAACCCCAAGCUGCCCCGACCGACAAUGCCGAGCGCCUGUUGGUCGGCCACUCCCAGAACGUCUGCUCCCUCGAUGCGUCGCCCAAGGGAUCCUACGUCGUGUCGGGUGGAUGGGAUGCUCAGGCCAUUGUAUGGAACACCGCCACCUGGGAGCCCGAGGUUCGCCUCGGUGGUCACGAUAAGAGCGUGUGGGCGGUGCUCGCCUACGACGAAGAAACGGUUCUCACGGGCUGCGCCGACACAAAUAUCCGCAUAUACAAUCUGCGCUCCGCCGUUGCCGGCGACGCCGAGCCCCAGUCUACCAUUUCAACCUCCGAGGUCGUCCGCGCCCUCGCCAAGCUCCCCAAGGGCCAUCCGAGCGGAGCCGAUAUCGCCAGCGCUAGCAACGAUGGCAUCAUUCGCCUGUGGAAGCUCAACGGUCAGCAGGUCGGUGAGCUCAUUGGUCAUGAGAACUUCAUCUACGCAUUGGCGACCUUGCCUUCGGGUGAACUGGUCAGCUCUGGGGAGGACCGCACUGUGCGGAUAUGGAAGGGCAACGAGUGCGUCCAGACCAUCACACAUCCCGCCAUCUCGGUGUGGACGGUGGCGGCGAACCAGGAGACGGGAGACAUCGUGACGGGAGCCAGCGAUGGCAUCGCUCGUGUCUUUACACGUAGCACCGAGCGGACAGCCGCUGCCGAGGCCGUCUCCGCCUUCGAGGAGUCCGUCAAGGCCUCGGCCAUCCCCCAGCAACAAUUACCCGACAUCAACAAGGAGAAACUGCCCGGCCCCGAGUUCCUCCAGUCCCGAUCGGGCACCAAGGAGGGCCAGGUGCAGAUGAUCAACGAGGGCAACGGCUUGAUCACUGCCCAUCAAUGGUCUCAGAGCCAGCAGCAGUGGGUCAACAUCGGCACGGUUGUCGACUCGGCCGGCAGCAGCGGUAAGAAGACGGAAUACAACGGCAAGUCGUAUGACUUUGUCUUUGAUGUCGAUAUCGAAGACGGCAAGCCGCCUCUUAAGCUGCCUUACAACCUGUCGCAGAACCCCUACGAUGCUGCGACCAAGUUCCUCAACGACAACGAGCUCCCGCUGAGCUACCUGGACAAUGUCGCCAGCUUCAUCACACAAAACACCCAAGGUGCGACUCUCGGCCAGUCUGCGCCGGCAGCGGGUCCCGACCCCUACGGCACCGAGUCGAGAUACCGCCCCGGCGAGUCCGAGUCAGCGGCUCCGAGGCUGCUGCCCCAUACCGAGUACCUCUUCAUCACGGCGGGCAAGUACGAUGCCAUGGUCAACAAGAUCCUCACCAUCAAUGCGAACAUGAUUUCGGCAGGCCGCAAGGACACGGCUCUCAACCCUGCUGAGCAAAACACCCUCAAGGCUGUCAAGGAGGCCAUCGAGUCGUCCAAGCCCGUCAGCCAAGAAGGUAUCGACCUUGCGGUUAAGAUUGUCUCGCACUGGCCGUAUGCCGAGCGGCUCGCCGGUCUCGAUCUUCUGCGAUGCGUCGCCCCGGCACCGCUCGCUGCCGAGCUGGCCGCCCCGGGGGCCUCGUUCCUCAAGAUUGCCUCGAUCAGCGCGCUGGAAGCCACGGACGGCGCCGAACCAAACGAGAACUCGGCCAUGAUGGGUCUGCGGACAUUCGCCAACAUCUUCAGCUCGCCCAAGGGCCGAGCGCUGGCGGCCAAAGAGGCCAGUCUCGCCGCAACGGUUCUCGAGCGCGUGCUCGGCAUAGCCGGCGGCGCGCCGAUCGGGCAAUUCAACCGCAACGUCCUCAUUGCUGCCACCACCACACUCAUCAACUACGCCGUGCUCGCCACCAAGGAAAGGACGGCGCCCGAGUCGAAGCGCUUCAUCGCGGCUCUCGGCAAGAUCCUGUCGGCGCAGUCCGACCCCGAAGUCGUCUACCGGGCGCUUGUCGCACUGGGGACGUAUGUCUCGAGCAACAAGGCCGAGGUCAAGUCUCUGGGAGGCGAGGGCUGGAUCAAGACAGCCAUCGACAGGGUGUCGGAACCGCGUGUCAAGCACGUGGGCCAGGAGGCUCUCCAGCUGCUGUGA